UUUUAUUUUUAUUUUUAUUUUUUAUCCAUUCAUUUUCCUCUUCUCACACCUUGAAAUGUCUAUGAUUCCUUCACCAGACGGCCUUGUCCCUCAGCGCCAAGCCCCUCCACCACCAAGACCAUCUACCUCUUCCAAUAGAGAAUCAGCACCAGUACCUCCAAGGGUUCCUCCGCCAAAGAAAGGUCCUCCUCCUCCACAAAAGCCAUCACGACAAAACGAGUCAGGCUAUGCCUACAACAUUUAUAGCAACAGCGGCAACAACAGCAACAGCAACUAUAAUAGCUAUAACAGCAACAGCAGUAAUUCCAGGCUGAAUACGCCCCAUGACUCGUUACGAUCCAAUCAUUCAGAUAACAACUUCAGCUUGACCUCACAGUCAUCUUCGCCAAAAUCUUCUCGUUCCCACCACAGCUUUGACCCCUCUGAUUAUCCAUCAAACCGCUCCACUUUCAAGGGCGUCUUAAGCAACUUUAUGAACUCCAUGACAGACUUGCUCUCAUCAGAUAAAAAGAUUGAGAUCUCCUCGCCCUACAACCCAGUCCAUUUGACACAUGUAGGCUAUAACCUCGACACUGGCGAAUUCACAGGUCUGCCAAAGGAAUGGCAACAAUUGUUGCAAGAGUCCGGAAUUUCAAAGCAGGACCAGGCUGCACACCCACAGGCGGUCAUUGACAUCAUUGGAUUUUACACUGACAGUCAAGAAGGCAAGCAGAACGAUGCUGUCUGGAAGAAAUUUGGGCAGGCCGAGGCAAAGUAUGCCGCCAAGCCUUCUGUACCACCGCCACCUGCGAAGCAAUACCCUUCACCCAAGAGCGACCGCGCUAGCCGUGACCGUCCCCCUCCACCAACACCUGCGCCUCGCCCUGUAUUUGAGAAUACUCGUUUACCCCCUAAUCUACCGCCUAUUAAGAAACCUCCAGUUGUCCGCCCGGUAGAGGUGGUACCGGGCGAUAAACAGGAACUACCGGAUAAGAUGGAAGAAGAGCUUUCGCCCAUAUCAUCUCCGCCACCACUGCCUCCGGCUCCCCCAGUAUCGGCGCCCUUGCCAGCACCCACGCCCAAGGUGCCUCCACCCAAGCCGAAGAAGAUACCCCAUCAUCAAGGCACAACUGUUGUCCCUUCCUCCAAAGCUGGACAUGGCGCUUCAACUGGACCUAGCACUGCAACAAAGCUCCGUGAAAAGAAGGCAGAAAAGGAUGCUGUAAGCUCACAAGAGGUGAUUCGUCGAUUGCAGGCCAUUUGUACAGAUGCAGAUCCAACAAAGUUGUACCGCAACUUGGUCAAGAUUGGACAGGGCGCCUCUGGAGGUGUGUAUACAGCAUAUCAGGUUGGAACCAACUUGUCCGUUGCUAUCAAACAGAUGAAUCUGGAACAGCAACCCAAGAAAGAUCUAAUUAUCAACGAGAUCUUGGUCAUGAAGGAAUCCAGCCACAAAAACAUUGUCAAUUUCAUCGACUCGUUCCUGUACCGUGGAGAUCUAUGGGUUGUCAUGGAAUACAUGGAAGGAGGCAGUCUGACAGAAGUGGUCACUACAAAUGAGAUGGCUGAUCCUCAGAUUGGGGCAGUCUGCCGCGAGGUUCUAUUGGGUUUGGAACAUUUGCACUCCAAAGGCGUUAUCCAUCGUGAUAUUAAAUCCGACAACGUACUCCUGGCGCUUAAUGGAGAUAUCAAACUGACUGACUUUGGAUUCUGUGCACAACUCAAGGAAAGCCAAGGGAAGAGAACAACGAUGGUUGGAACUCCUUAUUGGAUGGCACCUGAAGUAGUGACCCGCAAGGAAUAUGGACCCAAGGUCGAUAUUUGGUCUUUAGGUAUCAUGGCGAUUGAGAUGUUGGAAGGAGAGCCACCAUACUUGAAUGAGAACCCACUCCGAGCAUUGUAUUUGAUUGCGACCAAUGGAACACCUACGCUACAGCAGCCGGAUAAGGUGUCAACAGACUUUAAGAGCUUCUUGGAUCUGUCCUUGGAAGUAGAUCCAGAGAAGCGACCUACUGCAACGGCACUGUUGAAACAUCCCUUUAUUACAAAAGCACAUUCUGUCAGGACGCUGGCACCUCUCAUCAGGGCUGCAAAAGAAAGUCAGCGACAUUAAAGAGAAAAUUCUUACUGACUUGUGUUCACAUUAAUUUUUUUUUACUCUUAUUUUUCUUGUAACA